CUUGGCAAAUCUCUCAUUGCUCCUGCUUGCUUGUGUCCUCUAUUAAGUGGCACUGGUCUGUUUUCCCUGCAGACUGUCUUCCGCCCUCCUUUGGACCUCUACGAUGUCCUCAUCCAUUUGAACUCAAAUCAGAUUCCUCGACAUCUGGAGAGUGUGGACCAGCCAGUGAAGUCAUUUUCCCGGGGAGUGGUGAAGAACAGCAGUGGAGCAAGGAUCCUCUUUCCUGUCGUGGAUUAUGACCCUGUACAAUGCUACCUCCAGGACCUGAGAGAAGCCUUCGGUGAUCUUGCCUUAUUCUUCUAUGACAAGCAUGGUGGGGAAGUGAUUGCAGUUUUGUGGAAACCUUCGAGCUUUCAGCCUCAGCCUUUUAAGGUCUCUAAUAUGAAAGGACGAACAGUGACAACUCUGAACUCUGAGCUGGUUUGCGUUCCCAACAUAGAAGCAAUUCUGGAGGACUUUGAGGUUUUGGGAGAAGGCCUGGUGAAAAGAGUGGAAGCUCAUACAGAGAAAUGGACUGUCUGAGGCCAUUAAGAAGCAUGAGAAGGACUUGUCCUGAAGCAGAUUUUGUUCACUCUGGAGCCAUUUGAUUUUAUAAGUCAGUCCCAGGAAAGGCUUUUGGCUUUUCAAAUCUCAGAAUUGUGUAUCUGACUGUAUUUAACUUAGUAUACCUUGUCCAGAAAAGUGAUGGGACCUUUAUUGUUUUUAAGAAUGCAAUUAUCUUUUUAUUUUGAAGAAAAUAUAAAGAUGGAAUAAUUUUUUUGAAA